AUGGCUCGCACACUCUAUGAUAAAGUAUGGGACGAUCACGUCAUCGAUCGUCAAGAGGACGGUACCUGUUUAAUCUAUAUCGAUAGACAUCUUGUUCAUGAAGUGACCAGUCCUCAAGCAUUCGAAGGGCUUCGUAACGCAAAUCGACCUGUCCGUCGACCCGACUGCACACUUGCUACCGUCGAUCACAACAUUCCCACAACUCCUCGAAAGAAUUUCAAGAGCAUCUCGACCUUCAUCAAGGAAGCCGACUCAAGAACUCAGUGCGAGACUUUGGAACACAAUAUUAAAGAAUUUGGCCUUACUUACUUUGGUAUGGAAGAUGCUCGUCAAGGUAUUGUACACGUCAUUGGUCCUGAACAAGGAUUUACCCUUCCUGGUACUACCGUCGUCUGCGGAGACUCACACACUUCAACACAUGGUGCAUUUGGUGCACUUGCCUUUGGUAUUGGUACUUCUGAAGUAGAGCAUGUACUUGCUACGCAAACUCUCUUGCAAAAGAAAUCAAAAAAUAUGCGAAUCCGUGUACAAGGCGAGCUCUCACCCGGCGUUACUUCUAAGGAUGUUGUUCUUCACAUCAUUGGUGUCAUUGGUACUGCCGGCGGUACCGGCUGUGUCAUCGAGUUCUGUGGUGAUGCGAUCAGAGCAUUGUCAAUGGAGUCAAGAAUGUCCAUCUGUAACAUGUCAAUUGAAGCAGGUGCGCGUGCAGGUAUGAUUGCUCCUGAUGAAAUUACCUUUGAAUACCUUCGUCAAAAGCCUUUGGCUCCCAAGGGUGAAGAAUGGGACCGUGCUGUAGCUUAUUGGAAGACGCUUCAAUCAGAUCCAGAUGCUGCCUAUGAUAAUACUGUGGAUAUUAAUGCAGCCGAUAUCGCUCCUACUGUCACAUGGGGUACGAGUCCUCAGGAUGUGGCUCCGAUCACUGGUAAAACUCCAGAUCUUGAUACGAUCACAGAUCCUGCUCGCCGCUUAGCCGUACAGCGUGCCUUGGAUUAUAUCGGUAUUGCUCCCAACACACCAUUAGAAGGAGUUAAGAUCGACAAGGUAUUUAUCGGAAGUUGCACCAACUCACGUAUUGAGGAUCUUCGUGCUGCUGCAGCUGUUGUCAAAGGUAAGCGUGUUGCUGAAUGGGUUGAUGCCAUGGUUGUUCCUGGUUCUGGUUUGGUUAAGCUCCAGGCAGAGCGUGAAGGGCUAGACAAGAUCUUUACGGAUGCUGGUUUUGAUUGGAGAGAAGCAGGUUGUUCUAUGUGUCUUGGCAUGAACCCAGAUCAAUUGAAGCCUGGUGAACGUUGUGCGUCUACUUCCAACCGUAACUUUGAAGGUCGACAAGGUGCUGGGGGCCGUACUCAUCUCGUUAGCCCUGCUAUGGCUGCUGCUGCUGGUAUCAAGGGCUGCCUUACCGAUGUGCGUCAAUUAGAUGUGUCUCCUAUUCCAGGUCCUAGAAGUGAAAGCCCUCGUCAAGAAGUGAUUCCUGAACAUGACAGCAUCUCUGCUAAAACCUCUGAAAUCCCUGAGGACACAAGCCCCGUCGUUCGCGCUCCUCCUUCUUCAGAUGGUCAAGCCUCAGGCGGCAUGCCCAAGUUCACCACUCUCAAGGGCUACGCGGCUCCUCUCGAUAUCUCCAACGUCGAUACCGAUAUGAUCAUUCCCAAACAGUUCCUCAAGACAAUCAAGCGUACAGGUCUCGGUAGUGCUCUCUUUUACCAUCUUCGUUACGAUACUCAGACUGGCGCUGAGAAUCCCAACUUUGUCCUCAACCAAGAACCCUUCCGUCAAGCUCGCAUCCUCGUCUGUACAGGCCCCAACUUUGGCUGUGGUAGCAGUCGUGAACACGCUCCUUGGGCUUUCAACGAUUUUGGUAUUCGCUGUAUCUUAGCCCCUAGUUAUGCUGACAUUUUCUUCAACAACUGCUUCAAGAAUGGUAUGCUUCCUCUUGUUCUUCCUCAAGAUCAGUUAGAAGCUAUUGCUGCCGAAGCCAAGAAGGGCGCAGAAAUCGAAGUUGAUCUCGUCAAUCAGGUCGUCCGCUACCCUCAAGGUGAAAUCAAGUUUGAAGUUGAAGCCUUCCGCAAGCAUUGUCUUAUUAAUGGAUUGGAUGAUAUUGGAUUAACGAUGCAAAAGUCAGACAAGAUCGCUCAAUUCGAAGCUAAACGUACCCAAACAUGGCCUUGGUUAGAUGGAAAGGAAUAUAAAGGAAGAGCUACAAAGAUUGAGGUCAAUGGUCAGCAUAACCAAAAGGUUAAGCUUGAUUGGUAG